GAUCGGAAGUAGCCAGGGGCUUCCUCCGGGACCAGGAACAGUGGAAGAGACACUCUUCCCCUCCCUUGGGCUACGUUCCUGCUGCAGCCGCUCAGGUCGCCUUAGGGUGGGGUAGGCUUCCCCUGCAGUCGCGGCUGGUCGGCGCCCACUUUUGCGAACUCUCUGGCUGCCCCUGGCUCUGCGCUGAGUCACGGAGAGAAUGGCUACAUUUAAAAGAAAUCUCAGACAAGAACUGAUUUCCCAAUUUCACUCUUUAGCUGCUGAAGGAAACAUCAACAAGUUACCAAUAAUCCUUAGUCAAUAUCCGUUUCUUAUAAAUGAAACUUCUGAAAAUGGUUGGACUGCCCUAAUGUAUGCUGCAAGAAAUGGGCAUCCACAUGUUGUUCAGUUUCUGUUGGAAAAGGGGUGUGACAGGUCCAUUGUCAAUAGAUCAAACCAGACUGCACUGGAUAUUGCUAAGUUCUGGGGCUAUAAGCAUGUAGCCACCUUACUGUCUAAAGCCAUGGGUGUACAGAAACAAUUUUUCCUGCUCAAUAAAGUGGAGGAAUAUGAAAAUUACUUUAGCAGGACACUCCUAGACAGGAAGAGCGAGAAAAGAACAAAUUUGAUGUGGCUAUCAAUUAAACAAACCCAUCCAGACACAGUCUAUAUCCUUUUCUCAGAUUUAAGUCCAUUGGUUACGUUGACUGGCCAACAGCCAGAAGUGAGGCUUUGUCGUUUAAACUACAUACAUAUAAAAGAUUACUUAACCAAUCCUGAUGAUGUCAUCCUAGUUUUUCUUGGGGUAGAACUUGGAAUUAAGAAAGAAUUAACUAGCAAUAUAAAUGGGGAAUACACAAAAGAGGAUGAGGAGGAUGGGUUAGUUGCUUGGUUUGCCCUUGGUAUUGAUGCCAUCUCUGCUGAAGGGUUUAAACAAAGACAUGAAGACUGUUACUUCCUUCAUCCUCCAAUGCCUGCUCUCCUACAGUUGAAAGAAAAAGAAGCUGGGGUAGUAGCUCAAGCAAGAUCUGUUCUUGCCUGGCAUAGCCGAUAUAAGUUUUGUCCAACAUGUGGAAGUGCAACUAAAAUUGAAGAAGGUGGCUAUAAAAGAGUAUGUUUAAAAGAAGACUGCCCCAGCCUUCAAGGAGUUCACAAUACAUCUUACCCAAGAGUUGAUCCAGUAGUAAUCAUGCAAGUUCUUCAUCCUGAUGGGAACAGGUGCCUUUUAGGCAGGCAGAAAAGAUUCCCCCCUGGUAUGUUUACAUGCCUUGCUGGAUUCGUCGAACCUGGGGAGACAAUAGAAGAUGCUGUUCGAAGAGAAGUAGAAGAAGAAAGUGGAGUCAAAGUUGGCAGUGUUCAGUAUAUCUCUUGUCAGCCUUGGCCAAUGCCCUCUUCCUUAAUGAUUGGUUGCUUGGCUGUUGCUAUGUCUACAGAAAUUAAAGUUGACAAGAAUGAAAUAGAUGAUGCUCGCUGGUUCACUAAAGAACAGGUUAUGGAUGUUCUCACCAAAGGAAACCAACAGUCAUUCUUUGUGCCACCAAGCAGAGCUAUUGCACACCAGCUAAUCAAACACUGGAUUGGAAUGAAUUCUAACCUUUAAAUUCAAGAACCUGACUUUGCAGCACAUUAUUUUGCUUCUGAUUACCGAUCGGUCUUAAGUAAAUUAGAAAUAUUUGGUGAUCUUCUGAACUGUUAAAGCACAUGAUCCAUUGUAGCUUUCUGGAAUUUUAUCUAUUAUCCAUCUUAGGAGCAGAAAACAGAAUUAAGUUCUAUGUAAGUCAUGCAAUUGCCUCUCUCUAGUGAAAGAUGUUUUCCCUGUAGUAAAGAAACAUGACCUUUAGGUCAUAAGAAUAAAGAUAAAGGAUUCAAAAAUUAAAUUCUAAUCUUGGCUAUUCUAACGUUUCUUUUUAGUUUUAGACAUAACAAUUAAAAUGCAUUUCAUUUCUUCAUCUGAGAAGUGAGAAUAUACUGGAGAUGAUUUUCAUUGGGAAAUAGUUUGUUUUACAUUUUCAUCUUUUUUUAACCUUAAUAUGUCUUAUAGUGCCAUCACAUUUUCACCUAAUUAUUCAUCAGUUGCCCCCAACACAUGUACAUAAAAAUUAUUUUUAAUAGCAGAAGUUGUUAUUAAUAUUCUGCCAGUUUAGUCUAAGCUAGUCUAGUCUAACCAUUUUUUAUACUAGACAAAGACUAACCAGUCUUGCUAAGGAUCCCAGAAUAUCAUGUUAUCUUGCAAGAAGAGUCAUUCAGAAGCAUAACUGUAUUGGGAUAUAAUUCAAAUCUUGAAAUGAAUCUUAGGGACAUAGGUGUCCCCGAGGGGGUGGGGAAUUCUUUAUAUCAAAUUUGAAUUGAAAACUGUUUCAAAAAGGUUAUAAAAUAAGUUCUUGAUAAAUUGGUCUAUAUAAUAAAAAGGUACAUAGGUA